CGUCGUUCAACACUCGUAAGGCGUUCCACCUUAAACGCUUCGCACCACAUAUUCUGUCCCUCUCUCUCCCUUUUGCUCACUCUGUCUACAGCGCGCGCCCUGCCCCUCCCCAUCCGGCCAAUGAAUGAGGAGCGGAUGCGGCGUGUCCGCUCUGAUUGGCCAAUCGGAUCUCUCUGCUGGUUCUGUGGGGGCCCCAACGGUAAAGCUCUCAUUCAUCUCCGCGAGCCUCUGACGACAGAGAGAAAAGAGAGCGCGAGCGAAGUGAGAGGAACAGGCUCGCUUUUCCAACGGCUUUUUUUUAAUGCUGCGCUGAGAAAAAAAAUCAACAAGAAAAACAACAACUUAUUUUCAGCCCCCCCCCAAAAAAAUAACGAGUGUGGACUUAAAACUGUUUUUCAUACCGGAUAUUACUUGCAGAUGUUUUAAACCCAGCACUGUCGGUGUGUGAGGAGGAAUUUUGUGUUAAUGUUUUUAUCGCGAAUGGUUUCGUCGUUGUCGGGACACAAACGGGGCGCGCUUUUCCCUUCAGCUCGGCGUUACUGAGUGCGCAGCAGCCUCACGCCUGGAUUUUAACCUUGUUUUUUCUCUAAAAUACGGAAUAGCCUGAGAAGUUCUGCACCGCCGUGGAUGGAUAUUUAACUCCGGGGUUUGAUGAGCCUUGAACGCUGUUCUGAGAGCGGUUUUGGAAGAUCGGCUGAUGGAGUUAACGUUAUGGAGGAUCGCGUUUAGGUUCUCCGAUGUUCCCGGACUGCACCGCUCCACAAGAAGUUGUUGAUUCGGUCAGAUGGAUCGCGGGGGCCACGUGGGCACCGUUCUCUCUCUGGAUCAGAUCCGUUCCAUACGUUCCAAGAACGAGUACACUGAAGGCCCCGUGACGUCGACGGCACCUCUGCCUGCGGCGUCGACGCGGCAGCCGUCUGCGCCGUCGCCGUGGCGCCCGUCGCCGCCUCCCCGGACGCUGAAGCACGAGAGGACUCACGAAGUUAUCGUGGUCAAUGUUAACAAUAACAAUUACGGAAGCAGCAGCACCGGUGCUGGGUUCUCAAGUUCCUCGGGAAGCUCUCCUCCUUUUCGCCACGUGGUCAGGACACAGCCCAAAUCGCAGACGGCACCUUUGCGGCCUCUGUUCCCUCCCUCGGACACUCUGUUGAUGUCAAAGCAGGCAAAAUCGAAGGGCGAGUCGUUGCUGUCGUCGUCUUCAUCAUCUUCCUCCUCGUCUUCGCACCAGCUGAUCUGCGAGAGCUGUGGAAAGUGCAAGUGUGCUGAGUGCACUUCACCGCGGCCACUUCCCUCGCGGAUGGUCUGCGAUGGCCAGUGCGUGUGCUCGGCUGAGAGCGUCCUGGAGCAUGGCACGUGCAUGUGCCUUGUCAAGGGCCUUUUCUACCACUGCUCGAACGAGGGUGGAGACGAUGCAGGCGACUCGUGUGCCGAUCGGCCGUGCUCUCUGUCACGGCCGCGCUGCCCAGCGCGCUUCCUCUGCAUGGCCCUCAUGGCACCCAUCUUCCCUUGCCUGCUCUGCUACCCUCCCUGCAAAGGGUGCCUAAAAGUGUGCCAGGUGUGCCACGACCGGCUGCACCGGCCCGGGUGUCGCUGCAAGAACUCAAACGCCGUCUAUUGCUGGAGAGAUGGGCAGGGACACACGCUCACACCGGGCAAGCCAACCUGAGUGGGACAGGGCACACAAAUAAGACACUAACAAACACGGAGCCGAAAACACAGGCACUAACACACGCAGGAUUAAGGGCUUAUUAUUAUUUUUUUUGGCCCCAUUCGGCUUCCACAUUCAAGCUAAAACACGCAGAGCCGAACACGUGCUAACACCCAUACAGCAGGGAGUUCAGAAUCCAUGCUCACAUACACACACACACACACACACACAUACACACACACUGAGGUCUGAAUGUGUGCCAGGCAUGUGUCUGUAAUUAGUUAUGCAACGUCAGGAAAUUCAAUCCUGUUAUUCUGGAUGCUUUGAAACAUCAUUGGUGCCACCGUGGGUCGAGGACCACCAUGUCCUCAUUUUUGCCAGCAUGCCAGUCCCAUAAUUCUCUAGUGUGCAUUGCAUCAAUAUCAGACACUAGUGCUAAAAUGUUGUCAUAUUGCAAUAUUAAAGGUGUCAAACGGCACAUGCCUAAGAAGCGCCAACCUACAGUGCACCAAGGACAGACUUCGAGUCCCAGGACACUCAACACCAAUCCGGAAGGAAGAGGGUGGACAAUGCUAUCCUGACUAUGCUCUAAAUAAGCCCCGCCUUUUCUUACCGAUCUGCUGCUAAGAGGAUUGGAGGACGAAAACCGCAAAACCACUCGUUUAUCUGUCAAAUGGCAGGUUGUAAUUUUUUUUUUGGUUUUUUUUUUUUUUUUUUUAACAAAACCAGUGUUGGCCUUAAACUGACUGCGGGUCUGCUCAGCUACUCGACAAAGAGACAAAAUGAAACAUGGAACAGACAGAAGAAUACAAUAUUAUACAUAAAGCGAGAGACAAACCGUACUGAAUCUGUGAAGGACUGUCCGGCCAGGCCAUAAUACUGUAGCUGUUCCCAGAUCGCCGUAGCAACCUGGUAUUGUUCCCACACAGAGGGCUUCCCGUGCCUUCCUGCGGGUCGUUUCCAUGGAAACGACCCCUCCGUCUGGUAGUGCUUCCGGACGGGCAGACGUUCGAAUAUAUAUACACAUACACACACUUACACACUCCGUGGCAUUCUGACAUUAUGUUGUUUGUUAUUUUUAUUUUUUUGUUUUCUCUCCCCUUUUCUCGUAUUUUUGUAAAAAAAAAAAAUGUAUGUUCAUCAGAUCCAUCAGAGGAAUCCUGGCUAUUUUUAAAAAAAAAGAUACAAAAAAGAAAAUGUCUGUUUAAAAACAUUUGUUUUUGUCAUUGUAAAAAAAUAUUUAUUAAGUGAAGCUCUAUUAUUUUAUGAUAUUUAUUGCAAAACAAAGACAGUCUUAGAUUUACUCGUGUCUGAAUAUAACAAAUAUCAAUACUGAGAAAUUAAAGGGUGACUCAAACGUUAUGUUAACUUUACUGCAGAAAUAUAUGAAUUAACUAAUAA